UUCCGGCGGCUGAUUGCGAAUCGCUCCAACGAUGCUAUGCGACUUUCCUUUUACUUACAUACGCUUUCAGUUACUUACAAAUAUGUAAAAAAUAUUUUUUUUUUUUAAAUGAUUAAAGCUAUGGCAACUCAUGCGGUUCUGUCAAAUGGCGCGAACACGUGGAGAGCUCUAGCAUGUCACAAAUCAGAGCUGCGACUGGAUCUCACUCUUGCUUGUGGGCAGUCUUUCCGCUGGAGAGAGACCGCAGACGGCCACUGGACCGGAGUGAUCGGAGGACGCGUGUGGACACUGACACAGACAGAUGACACUUUGUGGUAUCACGUUUACAAACAAAAUGUAAGAGAAGCAAGUAAAGAAGAAAAGGGAGAAAAUGUUGGCGUUUUCCGCAAUGAAAAGAAGUUGCAGAUCAAAUGUGAAGGAGCAAUGAAGGAGGAAGAAGUCGUUAACCUCCGGCAUGACAAAAAUGAUGAAGCCACCCUGAGAGAUUAUUUCCAAUUAAAAGUGAAUCUGUGUGAUCUGUACAAGAAAUGGGGCGCAAGAGACCCGCACUUCAAAAAAAUAGCUGACAUCUUCACAGGCGUGCGGAUGCUCCGGCAGGAUCCCACUGAAUGCCUCUUUUCCUUUAUUUGCACCUCCAACAACCACAUUUCUCGUAUCCAAGGCAUGGUGGAGAGGUUGUGUCAGGCCCAUGGUAACUUUCUCUGCCAGCUGGAUGAAACCUCAUACUAUGACUUUCCUUCUCUGUCUGCAUUAGCAGACAGCAGUGUAGAAGCAUGCCUCAGGAAACUUGGUUUUGGCUACAGAGCUCGGUUCGUGCAACAAAGUGCAAAGCAGAUUUUAAACCAGCAUGGUCCUGAAUGGCUUGAAACUCUGCGUAGUGUCCCAUAUGUGGAGGCUCGUGAUUCUCUCCGUGCCUUCCCUGGGGUGGGCAUUAAGGUGGCAGAUUGUGUAUGUCUGAUGUCCCUGGAUAAGGCAGGCACUGUGCCAGUUGACACUCACGUGUGGCAAAUUGCCAAGCGGGACUAUAAAUACGCAGCCAGCAAUGAACCCAAAAGCCUCACAGAUAAGAUGCACAAAGACAUUGGGGAUUUCUUUAGGAAUCUGUGGGGUCCUUAUGCUGGCUGGGCACAUUCUGUGUUAUUCUGUGCUGAUCUCAAGAAAUUCCAAAAGAUGAAAGAAAUGCCACACCUGAAAAGAGCAAAGAACGACUAUGACUGUGAAAGCAUGGUAACAUGCAAAAAAGCAAAUAUUAAGACUGCAAAAAAAUCUACAGUAAAAAAAAGGGAAACCCAAAUCAGCUUUUCAAAAGAAACGACAAACCUCUAUUAAGGAGGAGAAGGUAGUGUAACAUAAUUUUACAGUGUACAGUUUGAUACUACAAUUUUAUUGAAGAAAUAUAAAUGCAAACGGGUAACUUUAGGGCAUGAUAACUUGCAAGGCAAAAGUCACUUCUUCGUUCAUAUAGAUCUAUUAUUUUAUGAAUUUUCAAACAUGGAAACAAGGGCAUAGGUUUACCUAGGGACGGUAGGGACAAAACACUACCAACUUUUCAGGAUGCUCAAAUUGUCCCCACCAACUUUUAAGGAAUUUAUUUGCACUAUAUAAUGACUUCAGUUAUAUGGAUCAUUUAGAUUGUCUUUCCAUAUGUUGUAUGGAUAGAAUUGACCCUACCAAUAUUAAAUGAAUUAUUCUCAUUAAGUUCAGACUUACAUUUACGUCUCGCUGAACUGCCAGUCCAUUUUUUUCCCUCCUCAAAUGCACGUUUGAUUGGCUGAUGACUAGGUGUUGAAAUCACAUAAAGUGCAAGCAUCACUUGUAUUUUUAGUUUAAAACAUAUUGUAUGGCUCUCACGGAAUUGCAUUUUUAAAAAUGUGGUGUUAAUGGCUCCCUCAGCCAAAAAUGUUCCCGACCCUUGGGUUAAGUAGUAUUUUCCCCCGCAGCACCCACAAAAAAACAACCACGGUAAAUUUCCUUUAUAUGGAGCGAAUCUGAAUGAAUCUAUUUUGUCUUAUUAAUGUCCUGUCCCCUGCAAAAAGUGUACAUUCAGGUUAUGUUGUUAUAGCGUCCCACUAAUGUUGAAACCAAACCUUCGCCUUUGCAUGGAACUAUGCAAGCAUGCAUCCUUUGAAAAAGCAAGCCCACACACGUUGCUUCACAGAAAUGGCCUCGAGAUGGCAGUACACACUGGGAAAUAUAACCUUGCAUGACAGUGUCACAUAUGGGUCACUUGCCUUAACCAGUCUAUUUUAAACAUGAAGAGCAAGCAGCAGUCUUUCACUGAGUGAAUGAAUGUACUUUAUUCGUAUUCCUGGUAUCAAUGCAAUACAUCAUGACUUUUGUGUAAGAAUCCAAAACACGUCAAUGGGCAUUGUUCUGUAUCACAUUGAUGUGUGUUUCUGUUGUGUUCGGUGUUUGUGUCCUCAUUUUUAUUAGCAAUAGUUUGCCUGUGUCAGCUGGCCUUUUUACAGCAGGGAUUGUAGCUGUCUCUUGUCACUGCCUUUCUGACAAAAACACUGACACUUUGUGACAUUAACAAUAUGCGAUAUCUAUAUUCAUCGUGUACAUGUUAAGGUUUUAUUUUCUCCUCAACGAAAGUAUUGAGGUGCAUUUUGAAUGCACUUGCAUAUAUGUUUACGUGUGUGUCAUACGACCGUAUGCGUUUUUUCUACAGGCAAGUGUGCAGCCAUGUGUAUUCAUGAAAAUGUGAGUCAGCGUUCAUGCCCAUUCGGUUUAAGCUGAACACAGGCUGGGGCCCUGCUGUAGGGCAGAGUCAGGCGAGAGAGGAACAUCAGAGUGAGAAUGGAGUUAAGAGAGCAGCAAAAAUGAAACAAAAAGGGAGGGUUUGGCAAACUACACUCAGGGUAGACACAUGUUUUUGAAAGGAAAGGCCACGUGCUGCAGCUGAACAUACAAGUUAUAUAAGUGAUAUUUUUGUGUUUGUGUUUGUGGGGAUCUCAUCUGCUUUGACUCCUUUGUUACUUCAACACCAGGGGGCGUAGCAUUUUGCCGUCGCAGAAGAAAAAGUUGUCUUCUGAUAUAACUCGCGAGUUUACCGUUUAUUCACUGAGUGACAAAGCUGGUAACUGAAUUCAUUCAUCAGAUUAAUAUUCCCUUUUGAAAUGAAUUUAGAUGCCAUUCUUGGGGCCCGGAAAACACCAUUUCCAAAAUUUAUGUUUUUAGUAGAGAAACAUAGCUCUGAAUGAAAAUAUGAUUUAUAAAAAGGAAUUAAAUAAUUUUAGAAAGUUCGAUUGACGUCACUUUGGACAUACUGAAAGUCACACAGCUAUAGUCAGCAUAUUUACUUCAUCCAUGCUUAGUGAAUUUCCGUCCUUGACGUAAUACUUCCAAAUCUCCGCUCGCUGCAAGUUGCUUGCAACUGAGGAUACUUCACCAGCAUACACAACCAUCCAGGAUCAACUGACACCAAAAGAACAGACUCUCAUUUGACACUCACUAUACAUCUGAAAAAUUCAAUUCAAUUUUAUUUGUAUAGCCCUGGAUCACAACAAGGUUGUCUCAAAGGGCUUUGCAGAGGCAAUAUGAUACACAAUAAGAAACAGCAAAUGAAGCAACAAAGAUGAAUAAAUAAAGUUCAAGUCCUGGGUAUCCCCCAUCCUUAGACCCUCCAUGUCGGCAAGGAAAAACUCCAAAAACUCCAGAGUCUUGGGGAGAAAAUGAGAAACCUUGGGGAGUACCACAGUCAGGAGAGAUCCACUCCCAGGACGGAUAGACGGGAAGCCCCAGGACUGCGAAUGGGAAUUAGCAGGCGAAGUUACAGUCCGUAAAGAUGCAGUGGAGUAAAGGAGCAAGAAGAGGUCCAUCUAGCCAGAUGAGACGGGGGUGACUUCACUUGUUCAGUACUGCAGGUUCUUGAGGGAAAGCCCCACUUCUGAGUCUCGUGACUCCAAUUUUGUAUUGUGACCCCAAAAAAAAGUGAUGGUCCAUUAUUUAAAAAAUAAAUAAAUAAAUAAAUGUAAAUUAGGGAACAUGUGAGUCAAGGUGCCACUGUAUUUGUUUCUGAACUGUCUUUAAGCAACCACGAGCAACAUAUUUGGUAACAUUUUAUUUGAAUGCUUGUUAUGACAAUGUCAUAAAACUCAUAAUCAUUACAUGACACCUUUCAUAAUCAAGAAUGGAUGGUUAUGGCAAAUGUCAUAACCCUAACAGUUCCUAAAACAAAUCUCAAAAGACAUUUGAAAAGAUGUCAUCUUUGCAUCAAAAGUGAUCAAAUUUAAUCAACACUUAAUGACAUCUGUCAUAAACAUUCAUAUCCAUGACAGAUGUCAUGACAUGAUUAUUAGUCUAAGAACUGUCAUAAGAAGCAUUCAAAUAAAGUGUAGCUAUAUAUUUUACCCUUCUACUGUAUAGAACACAUCUGCAAAUGUAAUUAGGGCAUUGAAACUACAAUUAGUUUAAAAAACUGAUACUUCCCCCAAAUGGUCUAAGCCAGUGGUUCUUAACCUUGGGAAAGGUACCGAACCCCACAAUUUUCACAUGUGCAUUCACCAAACCCUUCGGAAUUAGAUGAUAAAGCAGUUUUUCCAAAUUUAGAACCGAUAUAGGUAAGCUAGCAAGCUAAUAUCAAAGCAAAUUAAUGUUCAGAUUUCAUCUCAUUUUGACAUGUUUUUAAACGGGUCAAAAUUUGAUGUUUAUUGUUUUUAAUCUUUACAGUCCUGAAACAUGCAUUUGGCAUGUAGCUGUCCUACAGUCAUUUCAUCACGUCACGUGGCCAAGACUGGCCCAAUGUGCAUAUCUUUGAAUUUUUCAUUCAAAUUUGGAGGGAUAAAUUUAAUAUUGUUCAACACUAAGCCUGUUAAGUUGCGUAAACUUUGAGCUUGUAGUUUCUGUAAGUUUACAUCUCAAAUGAUAUCAAGUUUAACGAAACACACUGUAUGUAAUUAUUAGUGUACAAAAUGAUUGAUAAAAUUUGUACAUAACACCAAUAAGUGCAAAGUAGAAAAGCAAAACAUGAAUCUUGACACAAAAACUACAAUAAUUAGGGGGGAAAAUGAAUAGAAAUAAUUUUGCUUUAGGCUGUUGCUUUUCUCGUGAGAAAAUUGAGACAUUUCAUUUCACUGUUCAUUUUUUGUUUUUCUUUUAAUGUCUUCAUUCUGUUAUGAAAAGGCGAGCUGUUAAAUAUGGAUCCAAACACAGAGUUGGAAGUUUGUUGUAUUUAUUACGAAACGAUAACUAAGGGAGCACGCCAGAACACGCGAGACAAAAUACAAAUCAAAAAUGGCACAAACCUUGUCGGCGAGAGAACCAAGGAGAAGGCACAAAGGCCGGAAAAAGGCUAAAGCAAGUGAUGGCAAAGUCCAACAAAAAUACUAGCACAACAACAUGAUAACAAAAAAUACAAACGUAAAUGGCAAGUAGAACUCGAGAUGAUGCACACAGCGGUAAGCAAGCAGUUUGGCAAGUAAUAGUCCGACACUUGCAGAUGGUGACAUGCUUCCUUAAAUAUUGAGCUUUCCUAAUGAAGCACAGGUGUCUUAUUACCCCGCCCAUCUGGCUCAAUCAGGUGCUGGAUACAGGAAAAAAAAACUGAGAACGCAACCAAACAACACACGUUCUGUGUCUAAACCUUCGCUGAACCCUUGGUGUUUGAUUGAACUCAGGUAAAGAACCACUGGGCUAAGCAUAUCCACCCUCUACUUACUUAAGCAAUGAAUGUUGUUACUAUUAAAUAGUAACAGAUGCAUUGCAAUGUGUAAUACAUUGGCUAGGAUGGAUAAAAUUAUGAGAUGUGAAUUCAUCUUAGAUGUGGUCCAAGUGGUGGAACCCUAAUGCUGUUGGAGCUGGUCCUCACGUGGAAAGGGGCCCAUAAUUGGGUUGAUUAAUCAUUCGUGUCAAGACACCCACAGACAGAGAAAAAGUUGGGCGUGUAAGUUUGCAUGAGAAUAUAUUUGGGCUGUUAUUUGUUAAAUGAAGCCGUCUUUCUGUAUGAAGUACAAAGUACUUCCUCGCAAUUGAUAGGGCUCAGCCUCUGGCUGACAAGUGAUGAAAGUCCAGUGUGGAGUUUCACAUCUCCUCUACCUAGGAUCAAUUAAAAUGACUAAGUGGAAUGUGUUCAUCAAAUUGAUUAAAGAUACAGAUGUUUUAACUUUAAAGUGGUCACAGUGCUAAACAAACUAGUUUCUAAAGGCACUAUUGUAUUUGUGUGUUGAAUUAAAAGUUCUCACUUCCCAUGUUUAAGCCCUUCAUCUUGCUGGCUCAGUUACAGUCUAAUGGUAUUAGGGCAAUCCUGUGUCGCGCACAGGUUAUUUUAGGAUUACACUGCGCACUGCACAUGUAACAAUAAUGGCUGCUUGCUUUGUGCAUGUGCCACCAAGAAAGAGAACUCUAGUACAUUAGCCACAACUCUUCACAAUGUGUUAUUAUUGUGGUCGUAUUUUGUGCAACGUCAUGAUGGCCGAUAGGUUUAACACUGUAUAUUGAUUUUCUCAGUAGAUACCACUCGGUUAUAAUAUAAUACGGUUCUAUGUAACUGCCAAGAACAAUAACAAUAUUUGUAAUCGAGUGGUGGUAGGUAAUGAAGUAUAAAUACAGUAUUUUGUCAUUGUGUCGCUGGUAUUUUUUUUUUGUUAAUCUUCCCCAAAUUUCAGAUUGCUACUGUCAACUGCGGUUCAUAUCUGGAUUGUACUAUGAAAUUAUUACUAGUUUUAUGUCUUGAGACUUAUUCAAGAUGAUUGUUUGAUCUCGCCGGCUCCAAAAUUGAUUUGUCAUGAAUGCGUUGUCCUGUGACAAUAACCUCCAGGCAUUAACAAAUUGUCCUUGUAAUCUGAAAACACACAACGGUAAGAUCGAUUUUUGCAGUCGUCAUCAUUACCUGCAGGUAAUUGAUAUAUUUUUUGUUGAUGUUUGUCAGUUGACAACAUUAACAUUUUGUUUUACAUUAAUGAAAAAUAGAGCAUUUUCAUAACAUGUUCUUUACAACUGCAUUGUGGUUCGUUGGCAUUAUGCACUGUAUGCAUUUGUUCCCUCAGUGCCAGUAGCAAGUCCCAAGCACAAAAGACAGUAGGUGGGGGCAGAAAAGU